AAAAUUCUAAACACAACACAAUAACAUGGUCAUAUGACUACUAAGAUGGCUGACCCAAAACACUGGUUGCGAUCUGGCUUCGCCCUCUUUUUUGAGUAUAAUACUCCAAGAAUUGUUCAUAUACGAAGCAAAAAAGUUGGGAUCAUCAAUCGCUUUUUACAGCUUGUUAUUAUUUCUUACAUAGCUGUGUAAGUACCGUUAAUAAUGUAAAUCUAAGCUCCGGAAAAUAAUUGUAUUUUAAUUGUACACCGUUGCCGCCGUUGCCGUUGCCGUUACCGUUGUCAGCCGUUGCCGUUGUCGGUACCAUUGUCAUUGGCCCAAGCCAUUGGCAUUAAUCAUUAACUGUGAGUGUAACUAUGUUUCGUUAGUUUUGCCAGUUUACUCAUGUCAUUAGGACUGGAGUAUUUAUUAAACUUAGAGUUCGAGCAGACUACUGACUAAUACUACUCAUAUUAUAGUUCUAUAUUUGACUUUAUUACAAGACUAAGAAUCAAGAGUGUUUGUCUUUUCUGUUUUCUCAUUUCAUCUACUUUACUUUCUUUUAGUCUGUACUGUUUUUUAGUUUUAUUAUCACUGUUAAUACUGUUAUUUUCUCCAAAAUUGAAAAGUAAACUUUCAGAGUGAUGCAGUUGUUGGAUGUUGUGUUACUGGAUACUAUUUGACAGUAUUUGAAUUUGAGUUUGUUCUCUAAUUUUUUCUCAAAAUGUACAAAACUUGAAUAUUACACACUGAUUACAAACAAUGCUCAAUGUUUGUUUUAGCCCUAGCUAGUGGUCCUAAAGUCCUAGUAAAAAUUUAUGUACUGUACUUCUAAUAGCAGUAAUAGCUAAUGGUGAUCUAGUGUUGUGUUGCUCUCAAUAUAAUAAUAAUAAUAAUAAAGUUUAUUUGAAAAACACGCUUCAUCCCCAAAAGCUCGAAGCGCUGUACAAAGUCAACCCUAUUAAAAAGAGAAAUAAAAACAAUCUAAAAUUUACCACAUUUAAAAACAGACGCAACAAUAUAAAGCUACAUAUGAGCAUACCCAGUCAAAGUCUUUCAACCCCAUUUCUGCUGGCAUCCGUCCGUCACAAUGUGACGAUGGAGUGGGCUUCGUAGGACGAAAUCCACAUAGCCUGGAAUUGAACUCCAGACCACCAACUUGAGAUUUGCUCAGUUUAGACCACUCGGCCACCCAGCACCCUAACCCCAUUUCAACCAUAAGUAACACAAGCCAAUAUACAUUAACUGAAUAAGAUGGUAGAUAGCAUCACCCCAGAAGGUGUUUGCAAAAUAGAUGUGUUUUUAAAUCGGUUUUAAAGGACUCCAGUGUCUGGCUGUUUCUGAGAGGGACUGGAAGUGCGUUUCAAAUUGUUGGGCCGGCAAAUGCAAAAGUGCGCUUUCCGUAAGUCUCAAGGCGGACACACGGUAUCGAUAUUUUGCCUCUAUCGGAUGAGCGAAGCUCUCUAGUGGGUACAUAAGGCAUCAUGAGUGCUUUGAGAUAAGAUGGCGCCAGGUCAUGUAAGCAGCGGUAGCACAAAGUUGCAAUUUUGUACUCUAAGCGAGCGCGGACCGGCAGCCAGUGCAGCUCCCUCAGAAGUGUUUUGGCAUGGUCGAAUUUGCGUUUGCGAAGAACAAUGCGAGCCGCAUUAUUCUGUGCUCUUUGAAUUUUAUCCAGGAGCGUAGCUGAGAGACCCACCAUGAGAGCAUUGCAGUAGUCCAUGCGUGAUAACACAAAUGCAGACAUCAGCCUCUUUGAUGCAUCUAACGUUAAGAAAGGUCUGAUAUGACUAAUCCUGCGCAGCUCUAGGAAAAUUGCUUUGCAAAGCAUGUUAAUAUGAUUUUCCAUAGUAAGUGUUCUGUCUAAAUAGACACCCAGGUCUCGCACUGUAUGAGCAAACUCAAUCUGCAUACCUGAGAGAGUAAGUUACUGUAUAAAUGUAACUUAUAUUAGUUGUAAUUUUUGUAAUGGUAAAUUUGGGUUUUACUGUAUCAUAUCAUAUAGAGUGGACAUUUCAUAUUGAGCACUACAUGUCAGCCACAAGAUUGUAGACAAGAAAGUACUCAACACACACACACAAAAUUUAAUAAUUUUAGGGAUACAUUUAAUUUGUGAUGAACAAAUGAACUUUAAUGUAAACCUCAGAUAUGUGACAAGAAGUUUCAACCAGUUGCGCUUGCUCCUUUUUCUGACAAAGUGAUAGUUUCAUUCGCAUUUUUUCUGACAAAUUGAUUGAUAGUGUCAUUUGCAUUUUUCUGACAAAGUGAUAUUUUUAGCCUACAUACUCAACACAUUAAUAUUUUUAUAAGACCUACCCCUGUCUCUACUACCAUGUUCUAAUGCUCCAGAGCAGUGCCAUCUUAAGCAAUGGGCACCCUGGGCACUGACCCCAAGGCCUCACACUUCUGGGAGACUCACUUCAAGUACUAUUGAAUUUAAUGAGCAUUACAUAAAGGAAUUUGUAGGUCACCAACCAAUAAUCCUUUUUAAAAGGAAAUUUAUUUUAAAAAGAAAUAAUUUAUAUUUUCUAAAAUGAAACACAUAUUGUUUUCUAUGUCUGAAAAACAAAUUUAGAUGAUAAAUAGAACCCAACAGACAUUGUAGGUCGGAGUUGCAGGCUGAAAUAUAUAGGCAGUUAGGCAUAAUUUGUACUCACUGUUUUAAGCUCAAAGUCAUGUUCAUCUUACAUAGCUCAAACACAGAGAUUGAUUUUACUAACUGAAUCAUAACAAAAAUUUCUCAAUGUUCGUUUUCAGCGGGGCACUUGUGAGUUUUAAAGGACAGACCAAUACAUUUUUUUCAAGACAUGUUUUUAAAAAAAAAAAAUUAUCUUUUGAAUGGAUUGCCCUUUUGCAAAAUAAAUAUUUCUAAUAAAUUAAUAUGUUUCUAGGUGUAUAACCCUCUAAGCGGAAAUGAAACAAAUUUAUGAAUGGAGCACAAGGGAGAGAAAAAGCUGCAUAGGAGAAAAGGAAAAUAUGAAAACUUGCAAAAUUAACAGCUUGGUUAAUCCAAGCAAAAUAUCAGUUACUAGUACUACCGGUACAUGCAAAAUACAGUAGCGUCAUCUGCAUCCACUGUACUCACUAUUGUAACUAGCAAUCCAGUUCCAUACAUACCAUUACCUGUUUCACCUGCUGAGGAAAUUUCACAAGAUGAAACACACAAAGCUGUGUCUGAAAACGAGAAUGUGAUUCACCACACAGAUCCCUGGCUAUGGAACAUUAAGUAAGAGUACUCUUACAGUAGAGUACUGGAUUUGCAGUGGGCCAGCAUUGUGUCAGGGUCAUGCCUGCAACCUUUCAAACUCAGGCAAUUUUUACAAAGAACUAAGAAGGGGUGUUUAUCAAGGAAUAUCUUCACAUGUGAACUGAGGAAUGGUGAGUGUGUAAACGUGAGUGGCUACUCUCUUCACCAUCACAGGGUUGUUUGUAUUGUUUUGCAUGCCAUCUAUUGUCCAAGAAAAAAUAUCCCUUUACUACACCAGGAUUCAACUACUGGAAACGUACAGUUUAAUUUUAUUUUAGAACAGGAAAAUGGAGAUCUAGCUAAUAUGUAUCACUAAGACCUUAAUAAGGAUGACCUAUUAAAUGAAUACAAGCAUCUCAAGAGCUAUCUAGUUCUUGAUGAAUAUUGUGACACCAUCACUGCCUUUUAUGAACAAAUAAUUACAGAAAACUUGAAACCUGUAUUUCCUAAUGUUGAAACUGUCCAUGAUGAUAACCAACUGUUCAGGGGAAUUUUCCUUUUUUAAGAUUGAAGCUCAUAAAGAAUCAGCUUCGCAGUACAAAAAUAUUACGCAAACGAUUAUGUUGCUUUAUGUUAAAUAGUUUAUUCUAUAUAUCUGUUAGUAAUGAUAAGUUAUCAUCUUAUGUGAUUAAUUAUAGUAUAGUUUAUUUCUGAUGUUUUAAAAUUAUUUUUGAUUUUGAAUGAUUUUUUUUUAUUUGUGUCUAUAAAUUGAAUUAAUCUAUGUUUAAUUUUAAUGAAGGUUUAUUUUUAUUUUACUUUUUUUACCUGUUGGAGAGUUGGUGGGGAGCAGGAACUGUCGUAACCCUAAGUUUAGCCUGGUGGGUUGUGUUGUUAGAGGACCCCAGUGCAUUGCUUUGCCCUGGGCCUCCUAUGUUGUUAAGAUGUACCAGCUCCAGGGGCACACACACACCAUGUGGUCUCCAGGAAACCAUGUGAACAGCAUUGGGAUUUUUACAGCUUAUAAAGAGGAUAUUAAUUGCUUUCAGCUGUUUGCGUCUUAUAGCAUUGAAGUUUGAUAAUUUCAAAAGUCAGGAACAAGCUUACAUUCUAAUAUAUAUGCAAAUUAAUAUGUGGGCUUUCUUAAUUCCUAAAUGAAGUUUAAUGUUUAAAAUAUGUACUUUGAACAUUUUUUUUUUUUUUUUGCAUGGGAAAUUUUGAAGCCAUGACUAUUACAUUAUAUCCAAAUUCAAAAUAUCAUUGAUUUGAAGGUAUAUGUUAGACUGAGUAGGUAUAUGAUAUGUUGGAAUGAGUAGGUAUUGAGCUCAUGUAAUGGCAGGUGCUUUUUAUUUUGCAAGGAUGAAGGCCGUAGCAUGACCGAACAUUGUGUGGUCACAAUAUAGCAAUCAGAAAAGCUUUGACCUUAAAAAAAAUGACAUUGCUGUUGACUGCCACUAUCCAAGAAUGCGUACAGUUAUUAAAUUUCAGUAUUUCAUCAACGGAAUUAAAAAUAUUGAGUCCAUGAUACCUUCAAAAUGAUACAGCACCAAAAGACAUAUUAGUCAGAAUACAUGUGAUGGAAUUUUGGGUGAAUUGUGGAAAGGAAUAGCCAGUUUUAUUAGAAGAGGGAAUACAUUUUUCAACACUUUUUUUCCACAACUUGAAUGAAGCUGACUUUCCAAUACAAGUUUUUCUAAACAAUAAAUAUAGAAACUGAGAUCUAUCGAUAAGGCUGUCAUCUCGUUCUCGUAACCUUUUUUUUAAAGUUCACAAUAUUUAAUUAAUGAGAAAAGCAUCACACUUCUCUUUCAUAAAUUAUCGGCCAAGUCUUAAUUUAAUUAGUCUAAAAAAUUUUGCAGGCGUUAAUGGUUCUUUAUAAUACUAUAUGAAAACUGUAUGGUCAUUCAAAUCUGUUUUGUGCUACCAAUGGGCCUGUGUAAAUGAUAAUUUUAAUUUUUCACGGGAAAUGGGGCAUACAUAUAAAAAUUAUCAGGCCAUGGGAAAAAAAAGAAGUUUAGGAAACUCUGCAGAAAAUAUAUAUUAUUUGACCUCUUGAUUUUUGGAAACUGGUAAAAAUACAAAAAAUAGUUAAAAGUUUGUUCACUUGUUAAAAUAAUAAUAUUGUCACAAUAAUAUUUUUAAAUUUUAAUUGUGUCCAACAGGUAUGCCAUCUACUACAAAAAGGGAUACCAAGAGUUUGAUGAUGUCCAAAGUGCUGUGACCACCAAAGUUAAAGGAAUUGUUUUUUCCAAUUAUAGUCACAUUCCUGAGAUUGGUAUGAGAACAUGGGAUGUGGCCGAUUAUGUCAUUCCACCGCAGGUGAGAAAAUUGCUUCAUGCAGUAGGAACUCAGAUAUCUGGACAUUGGUUACCCUGUUGUUAUUAUUAUUAUUAUUAUUAUUGGAGAAUUAGCUAUAUGGGAAAGAAGCAACAUAACUAGGGCAUUAUGAUCAAAGUCAAUCAAGCCUAUUGCAGCAAACACUAGUAGCUAUGUAGUACACAUGGUCAAAUUAGGCUAAAUACGCGUUUCUCACAAUAUGGUACCUUUUGUUGCGCCAAUCUAGAUGGUACACAGUGAUAAAUAUAUUAAACCCAGUUCAAAUUAGGCAAUAUGAACAUUAAUUUCCAGGAGUUUAUGUAAGUGGUAGAAUGCUUCAAAAGUUUGGAACAAUAAAAUUUCAAUAGUAUUUUAUUUCCAUUUUCUUCAUUUUCUUUUGUAUUUUGUUUUCAAUAAGGCAAUACAUAUUUAAAUUGUUUGACCGUCUGAGAUAAAAAAAUUAAGUGAAGCAAUUAAAAAAAAACAGAACACACAUAUUGAAGUGUAACAAUAUAAUAUUGCUACCAUCCAGAAUGGGAAAGAGAAAAAAACCACCCUACUGACAUUUAAUAAUUCAAAUAAGCCAUCUUGGUAAUGUUAAAAAAAAAAGCUCUACAAUGACAGCAGCAAUCUUCUUGAUCACUAAUUGAUAAUAAAUGAAAGGUUAUCUAAAUUUCUUAAAAUCAACAUGGCAUUAUGUUACAUUGUGACUACCGGCUUCAUGUGACUACCGGCUUCAUUAUCUUGAUUUUUGUGUUCCAUUUUUAGUUUUCCUUUCUAAAUCGUUGUACAGAUUCACUCACUGGUUGUUUGAAAUAAUGCAUUUGUCAGUUCCAAAAGUAAAGAUCAGAUUAAUCACACCUUUAAGUUUGGGUUUCUAAAAAUGAAUUGUAAAUGACAUGUACCUCCUUUAUCAGUUGAUAGGUAUGAUGCACUAAGUCAGCUUUAUUUGUACAAGAGAGCUCUGUGUAAUAAAAUAUAAGUGAAUGUGCCAACGCUAAAGUCAAUUAAUUUUUUUUAAAACUCAAAAUCAUUUAUUUCUUUUUUUUUAAAUCAAUUAAAAUCAUAAAUGAAAAAGGAAUUCAAAAGGCAUUUUUGUCAUAUUUUUAUAUUUAUCAUCACUUGAACUGAAUAAUUGCAUUUUUUUAAAAACUUGACAGGAAAACAGUGCAUUUUUCGUCAUGACAAAUGUCAUUCCAACACUUGGACAAACUCAGUCAAUGUGUUCUGAGGUAUGUGUGCAUUUUUAAAUUGCAUUCUUUCAAUGGUCCUAUAUGGCUACUUAUUUCAAUAAUUUAACAAGGGUUCCUUAAAUGCUGCUGAAAAUAUUCAAAAGAAAUUUAGUCAUUCCUUUUUUAAAUUCUGUUUAAGGAUCCAACAAUAGAAAAUAUCAAGUGUGAAAAUGAUGAUUAUUGUGAACGCCUGAAAGGGACUAUAUUGCCAGGAGGAAAUGGUAAGUUGCUGUGCAUAGCAGUGACUGUAUAUUUAAUUCUGUGUAUUUGUAUUUUGGCUCUUAUUUUCUUGUACCAUGACACAUACAUAAACAUGAAAUAUAUGACAUUUUUAAGCUCAAAUGUUUCAAUUAUGUAUUUUUAUUUUUUUAUAAUAGUAAAUGUCAUUUGUUUAGCAACUGCAACUUUAUGAUUUGGUUUUGUUUAUGAAAAAAUCCUUAAUUAAAAACUUUUAAAAAUAAGGAAUCUUCAUAAUUAUGUCACAGGUCCCCUUACUGGGAAAUGUGUGAACUCUACAGGAGCUUUGAAAGUCUGUGAAAUAUAUGGUUGGUGUCCUGUAGAGAAUGGCAGCCCGUAAGUUUAAACUUAAAAUCCUAGCGUAAUGUGCCCAAUUUUAGUAUUAAUUUAAAGAGCAAAUAACUGGUCUCUGAGUUGGUCGAUCCAUUUAAUUUAAAUGAGAGUAGUCAACAUAUAUUUAAAAUUCAUUAGAUCAAAUUAAAUUUCUAAAUUGAAGAUAUGUAAAAGUAAAAGUGAGAACUUUUAAAAUAAAUAAUUCAGAAGAUUGUUAAGAUUUAUUUUUUUUACAAAUUUUAUUUGUUUCUUUUCCUCCAAAUUCUCUUAAAAAUUUUCAGAUAUAAAAACUUGACUCAACCUAUAUUGGCUGGGUCUCAAAAUUUCACAGUUUUUAUCAAAAACAACAUAGAGUUUCCAAAGUUUGACGUUAGAAGGUAAAUCUGGCAACAUACAUUUAUUUUAUAAAUUUUGGAAAAUUAACUAAAUUUUAUCAUGAAGAUAAUUUUUUUUAUGUUAAAAAAUUAACUACAAUUUAUCUGUUGAAUAUAUUAGAAAUCAUAUUUGAUUACUAAGUCUGGCUUGCAGAUAAUGUAACAAAAAGAUAGCACUUUUAAACCAAAAAUGUUGAUUAAAUUUAGGUGUGCAGCAUAUCGGUAGAGUAGGCAUUUUAAAAUUUGGUUAAAGAUCACAUGGUUUAUGAUGAUUAAACUUCAGUUUUCAAAUAUCAGUUGUAUUAAUUUUAAAAUAACGGCCAUGUAACUUCCCCAACUAAGGGUGCCACCUGUCUGCGGUUAAACCACAAAUACCCACUUUGACUAACCCAAACUUAGCGUGUGAACUAUCCACUUGUGUGACCUCUACACCAGUAUAUAGGGAAGUAAUUAUUUUACGGCCAUUGGUUCCUGUUCCACUUCAGACAUUAUGGCAUAAAUUAAAGGUUGUUAAACAUUACAUUAUUUUAUGCUGUUUUGACAUUUUCCUAGAGUCAAGCCUGAAAGUAAAAGGCUACCAAAUAAUUCAUGAAUUUCAGGCAUGCCUUCAGAUACAUAGAAAAGAUAUUUAAAAUAAUUUGAUUUCGGUACAUUUUAAUUACAAUGACUUGCUUAAAAAUGACAGCCUAAAAUUUGGUAGAUUAACCAGGCUUUUUGGCAUUUAGCUUUCCUAACCAGUGACCAUGUCUGGGUUAUAUUUAUUAUGGCAUUAUGUGGUGCACUCCCUUCACUGAAUUAUGUACCAAUCUAGACUUUGUAUAUACUUAUAUUAGCACAUCUCAAUUUCUAGAAAUGUGUAUUACAGGAUACGCCAGUUAGGCAUUAUUAUAUAGGUCAAAAGUUAGAGAUUAUGGAAGAAAUUUUUACCUGUGACAUGAAUCAUGACGACCAGGUCUAAAUUAUGCCACCUGUUUGGUGGCAACAGUUAUUUGAAAAUUAAUUAUUUAAAAACUUUGUUUACUGGUAUAUACUUAAAACAUUACAUUCUUUGAAGUUUCAUUAACAUUUGCUGUUGCAUAAGUUUAAAGUAAAUGGGCCUACUGGUUUGUUGUUUCAUAAAAAGAUAUUAUAGCAAGCAAAUUUUUCUGUUAUUUUUAAUAUGAUAAAAGUCAACUCUUAUUUUAAGUUGUACCCAGUAGUUGUCCAAGAAAUGACAGUUUAUAAAAGAAGUAGACAUUAACACAUCUGAUAAGAAGGCUACAAACUGGCAACAAAAAAAUCACACUAAAUCUUCUAUCAUUAUAUUCUAACAACAUAGGCGAAAUUUGCCAGAGCAUGCAACCAAUGAAAGCGCAGCAUUUUUAAGUAGCUGCUUGUACAAUGCCUCAGACCCAAACAACAAGUUAUGUCCCAUAUUCCGUCUGGAUGCCAUAGUGACUGGUGCUGGCUACUCUUAUAGUGAUUUGACAUCAGAGGUACUCAGAAAAAGAGAUCAGCUUCUACUACUAAUUCUCUAUACUCACCCUAGUGUGACAAUGUAACCAUUUUUUUCCUUCAAAAUGUUGUUUUUGCUUGACAGAUGUUCUCAACAAUUCACCAAGAAUAAAUCUUCAUACAAAUAUAUAUAUAUAUAUAUAUAUAUAUAAGUUAGUGUCCUAUUGCUAAAUUUUGUGUGGGAACAAUAUGAGUUUAGAAAUAGAUUUAACAUACUAAAAAGUUAUUGUAGUUUAUUUGGAUACCUGGUAACGGAUUUAGUAACUAGUAACUUUAAUAAGGAAGGUGGAUGGACUUAGCUAAUUACAAAGGGGUCAAGAUUUUAAUACUAAAUUAAAAGUAUUUUCGUAUGUCAUAAGCUUUUUUUAUGAUAUAUAUUUUUCUCGCCAUAAAUUGAUAGCAAUAAAAAAAUUUCUAACCAAAGAGGCUUUGUUGUAUGUUGCUAAAUGUUAUAUUAGUAGCAUCUAACCAUUCCUUUGUCAAUCCGGGUUGAGAACUUCUGUCUUGUUGUGUUGCUCCGCAGAGUUGGUGUCAUCAGCUUAAUAAUGUCCUAGAGGUUGUUCAGUCCCUUGAUUCUAGCAGCCAUUUAGUCCCUUUUUUGUACCAAUGAUUAAGUUCCUAAGCACAAAACAUCCCCAUGGGACCCAUCACAAAUACCAAUCUGCUACUGCUAAUGAAACUUCAAGGAAUGUUUUGAAAUUUGUUGUUUAUUCUCCAAAAAUGUUGCAGAAACAGUGGCCAGAGAUUUAAAAUUGAGUCAUUCAAAUUUUUGUUCAUUUCAUGAAUAUGUUGGGCUGGCAUAAGUGUUUUCUUUAAUGCCUCUUACAUAUUAUGCUUUUCAGGCGCAAUAUUUUGGACUUAUAUGAAAAUGAUACAGAUUUUGGAAAUUGUCGAUGGAACCGCAAUGAUUCCAAAGGAAAAUUUUGCCCCAUAUUUGUUUUAAAUGAUAUUGCAAAAGAUGCUGGGGUAAAUUAUGAUGACCUGACUCUUCAGGUAUGAUACCCUCUCACAAUACCCCAGUAUGCUUAAUUGCUGCUUUCAUGUAGAAAAUUUCAGAAAAUUACACUACUGAUUACAUCAACUCUGUGUUUUUAUUGUUUUGUAAAUCUGUUGAACUGAAAUAAAUCUAAGGGUGUUGUUUGAUAACUAAAAUGUGUAGCGGCUAGAGCUGUUUUGUGAAAUUAGACAAAAUAAUGCUUGAAAAUUUCAACAUUAACAGGUCUAGAAAUCCUGAAAUUAAUAUUUUAUAGCUCUUUAAUUAAACAGGUUUUGGAAGAAAUUUUUAAACUGUUUUAUUGUUUAAUAACACUUAAUUUUUUUAGUGCCAUUUUAUUAUUUAUAAGUAUCAUUUGCUUUCCAUUGCAUUCAAUUUAGUUACUAAAAAAUAAAAAAAUAAAUAAAUAACCAUCCUUUUUUAAAUACAAUUAAUCAAAAUUUUAACUUAAUAUUGAACCCAUAGAUUAAACAACAUAACAUUUGAUUGUUGAAUGAUAUAUGUCAUUAGAGUGGCAUAAAGCAAAUAAUAAUUAAAUGUUCUUUUUCAUUAGGGUGGCGUAAUGCAAAUAAUUAUUGACUGGACGUGUAAUCUGGACCAAAGUGUUGAUAACUGCCUACCUGAGUACAGCUUCAGAAGACUGGACAGAGGGGAUUAUGUCAUAUCAAGAGGAUUCAAUUUCAGGUAUUCUGCAUUCAUUUUGAUAAUUGUUUAAUUGUACUAAACGAGUUUUAUUUAACUGCAAACAAAAAUAUUUUGUUAAAACAGGGUUUGGAGACUCAAAUACAAUGUAUUGCUAUGAAGCAAUGGCUUGCCUUACCAAAUGAAAUUUAAAAACUAGUGGGUAGACUUGCUUAUGUGUAAUGUUACUUGCCAAAAUGUAUUCUAAAAAAGAUAAUGGUAGACUCACCUUUUUGUUAUGUUAGAUUAACGAUGCACACUAAUUCUGUGAGUAACAAGUAUAGUUAAGCUUUAAUUUUGUAGAGAAAAUUGAAGUAAAAUUAACAUUUUAUCACUCAUUUCUAAACUUCUAGAUAUCCCAAAUUAAAUGGUUAAUUUUUCCACAUGUCUUUGCAAUUGAGAUUGAAUUAACCAGUGAAAUUAAAUGAUUUUUUUUUUUAUGCUGACAGUUAAUUUGAUUUAUCUCAAUACAGAUAUGCUGACAAGUUUGCAGUAAAAGAAAACAACACCUUCGUCCAGUACAGAAACCUGUACAAGGCAACAGGGAUCGUCUUCGUGGUGACUGUCCAAGGGAAGGCUGGAAAGUUCAGCUUCUUUCCUCUAGUGAUCAACAUUGGCAGCGGUUUGGCCAUGUUGGCACUGGUAAGGAUCAUUUUACUAUUUGAUUCAAGUGGCGGUUUGAAUGAAACAAUUCCUAGCAACUGAGUAAAGUUGUAAUAGUUCUGAUCACUGAAUGAAUGCAGAUAUUUAAUUUUUUAAAGUUUGAAACCUGUUUCAAAUGUUGAUAUCUCUUCACUGUGUUCUGUUUAAAUGCUAGAUGCCUGCCUUCUUGAAGUAAAAUAAUCAGUUUAAAAAUUAAAUUUAUUACUUUUGGUUUUGUAGGCAACCAUCGCCUGUGAUAUCAUCGUGCUCUAUCUGUUGAAGGCCAGGAACUUCUACAGAGACAAGAAAUAUUUGGAUGUGCAAGGCCAGGAUGCAUUCAGGGUAAUCAUACAUCUCUUUAGCAUAGUACUUACAAAGGGUUUAAUCACAUUGCAUCUAGAAAAAGUUCCCAGAUUGUAAAAAAAUCUAACCGGGUAUUGUCACAACACAGUUGCCAGAUUUUUAUUAUAAGUGUAUUUUCUUAUUAUUUGCCAGAUUUUUAUAUCAGUUGCUGGUGACAAGGUCAGAGAUACAACUUUGAGGGUUAGGGACUCUGGAUAGUGAUGGAUAGAAAAUUUAGCAAAGCUGCUACUAUUGUUGAAUUCUUUAUACGCCUUUAUUUAUGUUGAUUAAGUUCUUUCAUUAGAGUUAGAGAGGUCAGGUCCACUCAUUAACAUUGUAGGCAUUUCUGUUCACCUAUGAAGUUUGCCGUCUGUCACUUGUGAUGUAUUACCUCUGUUACAUAUGAUGGUUGACCGUGGUAAAUGAACAUACUUGAACUACUAUUUGGCCUAUAAGGGCUUGGCUGAAAAAUUGGGAUCUAUGAAUGCUUUUUUAAUUAAAAAUAAUCUAAAUCAAAUUCAUAAUAUUUUGAUCUGUGAUGACUCCUCAUCCUUUGUUAAUUAGAAAGUCUCUAAAAUGAAUGAACAAUUUUUAAUUUUAAAACUGCAUUUAUUUUUCAUUAAAAAAAAUGCAUCGUAUGUCCCCUCCAAAUAUCAAAGAAUUGAUAAUCUUUGGUCUAAGGUUCAAAUUUUAAAUUCUUCAGCGCCAAAAAAUGACUACAGUGAUUGUUAUGUAGUGUUGCUGAUUUGUCCUUGAUUUUAUUUUUGCUGAUUUGUCCUUGAUUUUAUUUUAACUGCACUAUAACCAAUGUCCUGAGUUGUUUGUACUGUCCACUAGCUGGCACUGCUGUCAACCCCAAACUCGCAUGACAGCGGGACAUUUUCCUCAAGUAAAUGUUUUACAAAAUUCUGCGUGUGAAGGUCCUUCCUGAGUUGCUUGUUGGCCUGGGAAAUAUUUCCACUCUCUAAUCGGAAUCCUAGGAAAAGAAAUAUUCUAUAGGAUAAAUUUGUAGAAAUGAAAUAAUUAGAAAGUUAAUGAAUCAGAAAUGCUACAGUUAUCACUAUGGACAGGGCACAUACAAUUAAUUAGGUACAGGGCACAUACAUCUGGAUUGAAAAUAUUUGAAGUUAGUUGUGUUUUUAAAAAUAUUUAAUUUAAAUGUCAUUGGAGUUUAAAGCUAAAGGUUUUUAUGCAUUCCUUUAUGCUUGUGAUGAUCUCUGUGUCACAGCAGACAGUGUGCAUCAAUAUUAAUUUUUUUCUGGAAUGUCCUUCUCAGAUUACGUCUGUUAAUGAUUUUGAUGAAUAUAGUAAGAAACAAAUACUUUGAUAUUUCCCUCCCUAAAUCCAGCUCAAUUUGCCCUUUAACUUCUUGAACUUCCCAUUGAUAGCUCCUUUGGCUUACAAGCUUUGUGUUUCAUAUUUUGCGUGGUUUCCUUGCUUUAUUUCUCAAAAUUUUCCUUGGGGACAAAGCUUGUUAGUUUAUUGAAGAAAGCCUUUUCUCAUCAACAGUUAGUCCUGGUUUCUCAGUUUAUUAUAAAAUAAAAUAUAGGUCUAAGUCUCAACAAUAAAAUUGGAUUUUAAAGUAGGAUGUUGUUGCUUAAAUGAUGUGUGUAAAUAUAUAACUUAUAACCAAAAUGUAUAGUCAUUGAAAAAGUAUAUCUCUUGAUCUUGUUCAUAUCCCCCCAAAAAUGUCCACAUAUUAUAAGAGUCCAGAGAUUGUCUUUCCUGUGUGUGCUUAAAGAAAUUGUUAGCCACCUCAGAUUCCUGCUUUAUGCUCUUAAUUUUAGAUGAAUAAUAGUUUGACAAAUAUCAGUUUACUUGAUUAAUUUCUCUGUGCGUCUAACAACACUUAAAUCAAAAUGUUGGCUUCAAGUUUAGUUAUGUAGAAUAUUUGGUGGGGGUUGUUAUUUAAAACUUUAUCUUACUGGAAAAGCUCAUGGUAAGCACUCCUUUUGUGAGAUGAAAAUGGUCAAAACCCCAGAGUGUAUAUCUCAAAGAUGUAACAGCUCAAUAUAUUUAAAGCCACUGAAAUAUCUUCUUUUGGGUUUAAAACUAAUUUUAAAAAAAAAAUAAAUAUGAAAGAUCUUGAAUUCUUGGUAUAUAUUUUCUCUAAAUAAAACAAAUAAUGUGCAUUAAAUUACUACAACCGGUAUGCACUUUUUUUAUUAUUAUUCCUGAACAUCACAUUAAUAUCUAACUGAAAAUAUAUUUAAAUUAUAAAUAGUUAUGGUUUUCAUAUAAUUCAUGUAAACAGCAAGUAAUGUUAAAGGUGCAACAAAUUAUUUGACACUCUUAUGAUUCUAAGCUAAGAAAGCAAUUAUUUCUAUUCAAACCAGAUACUCGAAGAAGAGUCGCCUCAGGACAGGAUGGAGGGGAGCAGCAGCAGCAUUAAAAAAAGAAAUGUGACCCAUUCUUAUGAUGGCAACCUGGACGGGGAUGGCACUGAUACCUAGGAUAACAUUUGAUAAGUCCCGAGCCUAGAAUAUAUCAAUUAAAUUCUAAGAAAAGAUAAAAAAAAAAAGGUUAAUUUCUUUAUGAAAAUUUUGUUUCAAAAUAAUAUUCCUGUAAGUAUUUUAAGCAAUAUUGGUAAUAUUAUUGUGAAAGUAACAGUAAACAAAAAGAAAUUAACCUCUGUUAAAAACUAUAUGAUAUUGUCUUUAAUAAAAAAAAUCAUGACUAGAUGUUAGGCGUAUUGCAUUUAUUGAGCAAUUUAAUUUUUCCUUUGGAUUUUAAAUCAAUUGCAAGACAACUAUAUAUUUGAUAAAAAUUUUGUAUAAAAAAUUAUGUGUAGUAUUUAUUUAUUUAACAUUAUUUUUAGCCAUGAUUUGUGGCAAUUUAACAUUCUUAUAUAAAAAAAAAGUAUUGAUCUUCAUAUUGACCCACUCAUUAAGUAUGUCUUCAGCUGAGCAAGGUUUUUUUUAUCGUAUUUAUAAGGAGACCCUUUCUGAAUGGUUCAUCUUCAGAAGGAUGUUUUUUUUCAAUUGUAAUUUUGUGAAACAUUUAUCAUUUUGGCUAAUCCAGUUUUAAUUAGUUGUAACUGAAUUGUGGGCAUUGUUCCUAUAAAACUUACCAUAGAUUGUAAGGGAAUAUAAUAUCUAACUUUUGAUUUGUUAAAUUGUGAGAAUGGAAAUAAAUUAAUAAUAUUAUGAAGCCUAAAUAUUAUAAAGGCAUAGACGACUUCUCAAGACUGCAGGUCUGAGAGAUUUCAAAAGUUACUUUCAAUUCUUUGCCUUAUUGUUUUGGUUUCCGAAAAAUCAUACACUUGUACACAAAUUAAAGAACUCACUUGUCUCAAUAAAAUAGUGAUUGGUAAUUGCAUUUUUUAUUGCCAACAUUUUGGAAUUGAUCCAAAAUACUCUUGUCCUUAUGAUGUGAUAUAUUACUGGUUCCUAUAGUAAAUUUAAAAUCAAAAUUUUUUUAUUAUAAAUAUAAAGUUUGUUAAUGUAUUGACAAGUUUAUAAAAUAACAUAAAUGCAAGAUUCGUUUGCUGAUUGAUGCCAAAGUACAUGUCAAUGAUUUGUGUUUUCUUUAUACAUUUAUAAUUUUCAAAGGUGUUGUCAGUUUGCAAAAACUGGCUAUAGCUAUAGUCAUCAUUAACAUGAUUGUAAGGGUAUCUUUCCUUCAUUAAAAAUAUGCUAUAUUAGACUACUGUAUUUUUAAAAAAAAGACGCUUCAAUGUCAUGAUCGAUAUUUUAAAAUAUACCGAACAUUACAAAAACGUAUCAUUACAUUUUAUGGUGCUAAUGACCGCAUUGAUUUGUUCAAACAAACUAGAUUUAUUUUCUGCAAGUGAUUACUUAAUUCUUGAAUUGAAGGUUUAUUGAUACAUCAAAUAUGAGAAUCCGAUGAAACAUUUAAAGGGAAACCUUAUUUUUUAAUUCCUCUCCAAUUUGGCGCUUGUGCAUUGACUUAGGUGAAUGAGAUAUUAUUUUAUCUUACUCAGUGUUAACCCUUCAGGUUAAGAGAAAAUUUCUUUUUGGACAAAUGAGUUCAUUUAAUCUCACCAUUUGGCUGUAGUUAGGGAUGAGCCACCCUAUGAAUUAUGAACUUGCUACCUCCUGGUUGGCAGAUGUGCUAUCGAUGCGCCACAUUGCCAGCAAUAAGAUAUGAUUAUCACUUCACUAAACAACCUGUUGCUAAAAUAUUAUAAUGUAGGGCAUGUUUAACGCUGCUGUGGGGAUGCAAAAGAAUGAAAUUUUAGUGAGGUUAAGUAAAAAAUAGUUAAUAUGUGCUCUGAAUAAAUUGAAAGUCAACAAGUCCACUGCAUAUGUUAUAGUACUAGUAUGUUACCAAGGAGUUAAUGGGGUAUAAAUAACUUGUGAUUGCUAUUGAUCUAUCUUUUGGUGUUGUUAAACGCCAUAAAGUUAGCUUCAUUUAACUUUUCUCACUUGUGCACCAUCAUAUGAUUUCUUUCUAUUGAUGAUAAAUUUAACUUUAAUUUGCUUUAGCAUACUAAAGGUGUAUUUUUUUGUGGUAAUUCUCAUACUAAAAGGUGCUUAUAUCUUGUAAAAGUGUAAUUACAUUCAAAACAAUAUUUCUUAUAGCUUACGGCUAGAAAUUAAAAAUUCUGUUUUAAAAAGGAUGUGCUUUGAAAGAAAGAUAGAAUGCUGACAACAAAAUUUUUUUUAUGCUUAACUCUAAUUUGAUAACUUACCAAUUACUUGUACGUUACAUUAUGUGCCAUUUAAUAAAAAUAACUGAAUACCUGAAAUAUUAAAGCGGUGGUUCUGAAAGCUUUUCAAAUAAUGUCCCCCUUCGCCUUGCUAUGGAGCAUCACUAAGCCCUUGUCAAUUAUAAUAUGAGAAACUUUUGGAUAAUUUACAAAGCCCCUGUAGAAGCUUCACAUAACUCUUCAGAGUCAGCGGAUACCUGGUUCAGACCAGGUGCAUUCAUUUAUACGCAUUGAUCAUUUAACAUUGUUCAUUGAAAGUUGUAACAGUUAUAUCAGGCUCAUAAUUUGUGUCGGCAUCAUGUUAUAGCUGCCAUGAAAGAAAUUGUGUUGGUGCCCUUGGUGAUAUCAGGCAAUUCUCAGAAUAGUCAUGACAAGACAGAGUUGAUUUUCUUAAGGACACACUAUCUUUUUGGUGUCACUGUUGUUAUUUUUGUGUGCUCCCACCAGACAUUAUUUUGUCUGGAUGCACCACCUUUUUCUUUGCUGCUUGUGCUUUAAAAAUGUUAGUGCCAAACGAAUUAUUACAGCAAUGCAUUUUUACGAUUGUACUUAUAAUAUUUGUAAAUAAAUCAUUUUUGUUUUUAUAAAAGCACAGAAGGGUUUAACUUAAACAUAUUUUAAACAAAUUUGGGACCAUUUAUAUUACAAUUUUUGUCUAGUGUGGUAAUGAGGCGGGAACCUACUAUGCUGGAGGCAUAUGGUCAUGAAAUUGUGAUAGCUUUGUGUUUUAGAAUGCAGUGACAUAUCCCUUGCCAUUGAAAUGAAAUGUAGCUUUCAUAUUUUAAAGAUAAAGUGGUUAAAAAUGGGUUGUAGUUAUUUGAAUUUUUUCAACACAUAAUGAUUAUGGAAAUAUGAAUUGUUGAAUGAUAAUAUUAAAACCUGAUAUUUAAAGAGUGAAAUUUAAAAAAAAUAGAAACAUAAUUUAUACAUCUACAUGGGUUAAUAGAAAUGAAUAAAAAAAUUAAUUUAUUCCUCUCUUCAAAUAAGACUUACACCUCUAAAAAAGAAUUGCUGUGAUCUGCCUGUUUUUAUUUUUAGAACAUUUUAACCUCAAAUAUUUUAUUUAAAAUCUGAACAUUCUUGUGGGAUUUCACUACACUGUUUAAAGGUAUAUUUUAUCGGUGCGUUACUAGCUGCCUAUAAAUUUGAUUUUUGUCCUGAUGCAAAGGGAGAUGCUGUGGGAAAAAAAAAUCAUCAAUUAUUGUGUAUAUCAACUAUGAAAAUGUUAAAUUUAUUUCAACAAAAGUUGAGCUUAUGUUGAUAAAAACAUUUAUUAAAAAUAUUCAUUAAAUGUAUUUUAUAUUUAUUCUCAGUAUUUAGUAAUGGGACAUAAUAAGCUUUUAAAUAACUAUAUUUUUCCUGGAUUUUUAAAUUAUUUAUUUCUUUUGUAAUUGUAUUGAUGUUCUAAUUGAUACUGGUAUAAAAAGUUU